AUGGUCCAGAUGCUGAUGAUAGCUUUUGGGGGUCAGCACCCGUGCUGGGAUCAGCUCCUGCACUUCGAGGCGCAGAAUGGGUCCCUGGCGGGCGCCACGGACGCCGUGCACGCCUUGGUGCAGCUGGGCGAGGUUGCCACGUACCUCGGCCGCGGUGCUCGUGGCGGCCUGGGCUGGAGGACGGUGUCGUUCGACGAGGACGAGGAGCUGUACGCGUUCCCGUGCGCGGACGGCUCCGCCGCUGCCGCCGCCGUGCGCCGGGUGCGCGGCGGCCCGGGGGCCUUGUCCCGGAUCCUGGACGCACGUCGCGGUAAACAUCGUGCCGUGAGCCGCGGGAAAAGAAACAGCGCCUGGGCAGCCGGCAGCGGCGGCGGCGGCGGCUUCCCCCAGGGAGAGCAGAGGGGGCGGGUGGGCCUUCUCCGGAGGCAGCAGGUCUGA